AUGACUAACGCAGAGGAACAAAUUGAUCCUGCUGUGACUGUUGCUGCUACCACAGUUUCGGGGAUGCUAGGUCCUAGUCGUCCUACUGCACCUGCAACGGCUAUGCCACCGGCGGAAAAGCCGGGGAAAUUUUCUGGUGUUGACUUUAAGAUAUGGCAGCAAAAGAUGUUCUUUUAUCUGACCACUCUAAGUCUGCAAAGGUUCAUUCAAGAGGAUGUUCCAGUCGUGCCUGAAGGAACCCCUGACAACGAGCGCUUCCUUGUUACUGAGGCUUGGAAGCACUCUGAUUUCCUGUGCAAGAAUUACAUAUUAAGUGGGCUGGAAGAUGACUUGUACAACGUUUAUAGCUUCAUGAAAACAUCAAGAGAAUUAUGGAAUGCUUUUGAAAAGAAGUACAAGACUGAAGAUGCUGGACUAAAGAAGUUUGUGGCAGCCAAAUUUCUGGAUUUCAAAAUGAUUGACGGUAUGGUCAUAAAUGAAGCGUUUCAAGUUGCGGCAUUUAUUGAAAAGCUGCCUCCGCUGUGGAAGGACUUUGAGAAUUACUUGAAACAUUAUCGCAAGGAGAUGACGCUUGAAGACCUUAUUGUUCGUCUACGGAUUGAAGAGGACAACAAGGCUGCUGAGUAG